AUGUCCCACCAAUGGUAUUACAACCGUCUGAGAAACCUGGUGAAAGACCCUCGACACGACUGUGUGCUCUUUGCUAACGAGUUCCAGACGUAUUCGUACUGUCCCCGAGAGAAAGGAGAGACCCUGGAAACAUGGCAGACCAGGUGUGUGUACUCUGCUGCAGUGUGGUAUUAUAACCACCUGGCCGGUUUGAUCAACAUUAUGAUGAUCACAGAGGACAAAAAAGCGGUGACUCAAUUCAGCAGCUUGAACUCUGGAGUUUUCGUCAUCUCCGUUGAGGAUUAUUUACAGAACUUCUGGCCAGAUUUGCAGGUGGCUCACGACCUCUACAGCUCCAUCUCUCAGGCUCUGCAGGAGAAGGAGGCUGACAACUCACAGAGAGAGUUUUCAGAACAUCUUCCUGCAGAAGUCCUUGAAGCUGGAAUCAAAUCUGGACGCUACCUUCAGGGAAUUCUAAAUGUGAGCAAACAUCGAGCGCAGAAUGAAGCUGUCAUCAAGAGUGACAGCUUGUCCAACAAUAACACAGAUCUGAGUGGAGAGGUGCUGGUGUUUGGUACCAAGAGUCGCAACAGGGCCGUGCAUGGUGACGUGGUGGCGGUGGAGCUGCUGCCAAAGGCCGACUGGAGGGGAAAGGCCACAGGGCUUACUGAGGGAUGGGUGGACGAGAAGACGGGGGAAGAAAGUGAGAGUAAAUCAAUGCCCACAGGUAGGAUUGUGGGGAUCCUGCAGAGAAACUGGAGGGAUUAUGUGGUGACAUUCCCCCCCAGGGACAGGACACAGUCUCAGAGCAGGAGUUCCCAGCGUAUCCUGGCAAUACCCUGGGACAGACGCAUCCCUAAGAUCCGGAUCAGCACCCAGCAGGCUGAUGCUCUGCAG